AUGAACAGAGAUUCCUCCGACGAAGACGACGAUCGCGAGAGCUUCCUCGAACAGAACGACCGGAAGCAUCCGCACCCUAACCCUCAACACCAACCCUCUCCCGGCCGAUCCCUUUCCUCAUCUCUACACGUCGAGGAUCUCCGCACCUUCGGCAAUGGCGUUCGCCGCCGCUUCUCCAAUCUCAACCUCAAAAGGUAUCUCUUCGCCGUCUUCCUCCCGCUCUUCAUCCUCCUCCUCUACUUCUCCACCGACUUCCGCACCCUCUUCUCCUCCAAAUUCCCCGUCCUCAACCUCGAUCCCCUUUCCGAUCGGAUGCGCGAGUCCGAACUCCGCGCCCUCUACCUCCUCCGCCAGCAGCAGAGCUCCCUCCUCUCCCUCUGGAACCAUUCCUCGUCCAAUUCUUCUUCUGCUCCCGAACCCACCUUCGAUUCCAUCCAAUCCGCCCUCCUCCCCUUGAUUUCGCUCAACAAGCAGAUUGAGCAAGUUCUAUUGUCCCCUCAUAACUCCCCCACCAACAGCACUGCCUUGUCUUCAGAUUCCGAUCCAUCUGCCACGGCUCCUGCUCUCUUCUCCACCUGCCAGAGCCUCCACCGCCGCCUGCCCGGCCGGAAAACCAUGGACUGGAAGCCCCGACCCAAUAAGUUCUUGUUUGCUAUUUGUUUAUCUGGACAGAUGAGUAACCACUUGAUUUGCCUGGAGAAGCACAUGUUCUUUGCUGCACUGCUAAACCGGGUCUUGGUCUUCCCAAGCUCUCGAUUUGAUUAUCACUACAGCAGAGUCUUGGAUAUCGACCACAUUAAUACUUGUCUGGGAAGCAAGCUUGUGCUCAACUUCGAAGAAUUCGAGGAGAUGAGGAAGAAUCGCCUGCGAAUUGACAAGUUCAUAUGUUACUUCUCAGCCCCCACGCCAUGUUACGUCGACGAGGAACAUGUCAAGAAGUUGAAGGCCUUGGGGAUCUCUGUGGGGAGUAAGCUAGAGUCUCCUUGGAAAGAGGAUAUCAAGAAGCCUAGUAAAAGGACUGCCCAGGAAGUUGUGGCCAAGUUCUCGUCUGACGACGAUGUUAUUGCCAUUGGAGAUGUCUUCUACGCGGAUGUCGAGACUGAGUGGCUGAUGCAGCCCGGUGGCCCUCUUGCUCACAAAUGCAAAACCUUGAUCGAACCUAGUAGACUUAUCACGCUCACAGCUCAGCGCUUCAUCCAGACAUUCUUGGGGAAGAACUUCAUUGCUCUCCAUUUCCGGCGGCAUGGCUUUUUGAAGUUUUGUAAUGCUAAAAAGCCGAGUUGCUUUUACCCUAUUCCUCAAGCUGCCAGCUGCAUCGAUCGCUUGAUUGAAAGAGCAAAUGCACCAGUUAUCUAUCUUUCAACUGAUGCGGCAGAAAGUGAAACUAACUUGUUGCAGUCACUACUGGUUGUGAAUGGGAAGACCAUACCAUUAGUUAAGCGACCUCCUCCUAAUUCAGCUGAAAAGUGGGAUGCUUUGUUAUAUAGACAUCACCUCGAGGAUGAUCCACAGGUGGAAGCUAUGCUGGAUAAGAGCAUAUGUGCCAUGUCAAGCGUGUUUAUUGGAGCAGCAGGAUCUACUUUCACGGAGGAUAUUCUAAGGCUUCGCAAGGACUGGGACUCAGCAUCAUCAUGUGAUGAAUACCUGUGCCAGGGUGAGCUCCCAGACUUCAAAGCAGAAGAUGAAUGA